UUCGCGUCGCGUCUCCAGGUGAUCAGCUCUAUGCACUCUUGCAUGCAUAGAGCGGCUAUGCGGUCUGGCACUGUCUGUCGGCAAACAUACAGAGUGUUUCACUUAUAGGAAAUGUCAGAUAAACCAGCGUCUGUUUUAAUGGAAGGAGGCGAGUCCUGUUCUAAGGACGACUGACGAAAAUGAACGGAAUAGAUCAUUUGACCCGCAUCUGAGGAUAAAUCAUUUAUGCGGUCAUGGCUGGGCUGAUCAAGAAACAGAUCUUGAAACAUCUCUCCAGGUUUGCCAAGAACCUGUCCCCGGAUAAGAUCAAUCUGAGCACGCUCAAAGGGGAGGGUCAGCUGACCAACCUGGAGCUGGAUGAGGAGACGCUGCAGAACAUGCUGGACCUGCCCACCUGGCUGGCCAUCAACAAGGUCUUCUGCAACAAGGCCGCCAUACGGAUCCCAUGGACCAAGCUGAAGACUCAUCCCAUAAGCUUGUCGUUGGAUAAGGUGGAGAUGGAGAUGAGCACCUGUGACGAGCCCCGCCCACCAAAUGGUCCGUCUCCCAUAGCAACAGCAUCAGGUCAAAGUGAAUAUGGCUUUGCGGAGAAGGUGGUGGAGGGCAUCUCUCUGUCCAUCAACUCCAUAGUGAUCCGGAUCAGUGCCAAGGCCUUCAACGCCUCCUUCGAGCUCUCCCAGCUACAGGUGUACAGCGUCAACACCAGCUGGGCCCAGAGCGACCUGAGAUUCACCAGGAUACAGGACCCGACCCGCGGGGAGAUCCUGACCUUUAAGGAGGUGAGCUGGCAGAUGAUCCGCAUCGAGGCCGACGCCAUCCAGAGCGGCGAGCACGAGGUCCUGAGCGCCCCCAUCAGACUCAUCACCAACCAGUCCAAGAUCAGAGUCACGCUCAAGAGACGGGUGAAGGACUGUAACGUGGUGGCGUCCAAGCUGAUCCUGAUCCUGGACGACCUGCUGUGGGUUCUGACGGACUCUCAGCUGAAGGCCAUGGUCCAGUACGCCAAGUCCCUGAGUGAAGCCAUGGAGAAGUCCGCCCAGCAGCGCAAGAGCAUGGCCUCAGAGAACUCGGAGGUGGCAUCGCCGCCCCCUACAGCCCAGCAGGUGCGCGCGCAGCAGAGCUCAGCGGCGGCGGACCAGAACGCCACCAUGGCCCGCCUCUUCAGCGCGUACGACGUGUGCGAGACCUCGCACCACCUGCAGAUCACACACCUGGACCUGCACAUCUGCGAUGACAUCCACACCAAGGACAGAGUGAUGAAUAAGGGCAUCACGGGCGGAGCCAUGCAGCUCUCCUUCAGCUCCAUCACCCUGGACUACUACCCCCUCCACAGGGCAGGUGAGAGCUGUCUGCACUGGAUGCACUACAGCGAGGCGACGAAGGCGCGCGAGGGCUGGGCCCGCAGCCUCCUGGAGGAGUUCCGCUCCAACGUGGACCUGCUCAAGACCGCCCUCAAGGACCACCAGAGCGCCAGCGGCCAGUCACAGGGCUCCCCGCAGCAUGGGAAGAUCUCCACCAGCUCCAGCACCAACUUCUCCCCUCCUCCUCCGCCCCGCACACAGCUCAUGUCCAGCUCCUUCGUCCUGCGCAUGGCCGACUUCAGCAUCUACCAGGUGUCCACAGCAGACCAGGUGCGCUCCAGCCCCAAGGCCAUGAUCUCCUGCAAUAAGAAGUCCCUGUACCUGCCGCAGGAGAUGCCCGCCAUCCACGCCGAGCUCACCGAGUACUACUUCCCCGACGGCAAAGACUACCCCAUCCCGUGUCCUAACCUGUAUGUGCAGCUGAAUGCGCUGCAGCUGGUGCUGGACCCGCGCAGCCUGGUGUGGCUCAACGUGUUUGCGCUGGACCUGCGCCAGAGCCUGGAGCAGUUCAUGCAGAUCUACAAGCUCAACGACUCCCAGAAGCCCGACGAGCACGUGGACAUCAGGGUGGACGGACUCAUGCUCAAGCUGGUGAUCCCGGCCGAGCUGGACCCCGACACCCCUGCGGAUCUCCCGCGGCAGCUGGCGGUGCAGACGUCCGAGAUGGUGGCCACCAACACGCGCCACUCGCCCCCCUGCUCGCGCUCCAGCCUGGAGGCCCUGCUGCAGGCCUUCCAGGAGGAGUCCUUCUUCACCUCCUCCUCCUCCUCCUCCUCUUCCUCCUCCACCUCCACCUCCUCUUCCAAUCCCCUCUUCCCGCGCUCCUCCGACGCGCUCCCGGUCCUGCACCCGGUCUUCCAGCGGCACGCGCACGAGCGCGACACGCGGCUCCACGAGGUGUACCGGCGCGAGGUCGCCCCCUCGCUCACGGCCGACGCGCUCAAGGCGCCGGCCGCCACCGACGUCUGGGCCGUCAGCUUCUCGCAGUUCUGGGCCGACUUCGAGGGCGCGCGCUCCGCGCCGCGGGCCGGAUCCGGAUCCGGCUCGGGCUCGGGCCGCAGCCGGCCCACGCCCUUCGUGGACUCCUUCCCGCUGGCCAUGUGGGUGUGCCAGCCGGCGCGCCACGCGCAGCACACGCAGCGGCUCAAGGCCGGCGCCGGCCCGGACCCGGCCCGCAUGCAGCGGAAGCGGUUGCUCAAGGAGUACUACAGCAUGGACGCCGCCGCUGCAUCCUCGCCGUCGCCAGGCAACGCAGCAUCCGCAUCCCCAUCCCCAUCCUCCUCCUCCUCCUUGCCCGGGAACGGCCUCCGCAAGCCGUGCUCGCUGGACAGUCUCGGAACAGACGCGUCUUCAUCCUCCUCCUCUUCCUCCUCCUCCUCCUCCUCCUCACCUGUGCAGCCGGACGUGCAGGUGUUGGUGCAGGUGCAGAAGGCCCUGAGCGCGCAGCUCAACCACCAGCAGUACGUGUUCCUGAUGCGGCUGCAGCGCACCAUGAAGCAGCUCCAGCAGACCCUGCAGCAGGACAUGGAGCGCAUCCGCAGCAGCGCCAACCCCAACGCCGGCGCCACCCAGAGGCAACAGCAGGAGCUCGCGGAGCCGUCCCCGUUCAGCGUGUGCGUGGGCGUCCAGAUGAAGAGCGCCGAGGUGUCCCUGCUCCUGAAGCCCGUGCCCGACCCCAACCCCCCCAGCACGGGCGCCGCCAGCCCGCUCGGCUCCGACCUCUCGCCCUCCGACAGCCGCGGCAGCAUCGAGGGCGCCGACCGGCCCUCCAACGGAGCAGCGGCGACAUCGGCGGCCACGACGACGGCGAAGUCCUCCUGCUCGGUGGAGCAGCUCCUCUGCGCGCCGGCCAGCGACGGAAUGCCGGCGCCGCUCCUCCCUCCUCCUCCUCAUCCUCAGCCUUCUUCGUCGUCCUCCUCCUCCGCCUCGCCGGCCGGCAGGAAGGGCUCGCUGGAGGAGCGGCGGACGAGCCUCGGGGCCACCGUGAGGCGCUCCAGCGCCGAGGAGCGGAGAGAUGCCGCCGCCGCCAUGGAGCCCGUGCUGGAGGGGCAGGGGGGCGCGCCCGAGGGCAAGGCCCAGCAGAGUGAGCUCUCAGGGGACACGCUGGGGCCCCUGGACCCCCUGAGCGACCCGCUCUCCAAGGACUGGAACGAGAACAAAGGCAGGAUGCCCCAGUCCAUGUCCAGUGGCAGGCUGAUGAGGGAUCGAUCCCAGUCCAGUUUCUCCGUGUCGUACAAGACCAUGAAGAAGAGUCCCUCUCUCCAGUCGCUGGACAACAUCUCCAUAGACAGCUACAUGAUGGAGGACGGAGACGCCUACAGCCUGCUGGAGAGAGAUGAUGUGUCUAUGUCAGGCUUCAAAGACGCUUUGAGCGAGAACAGCACAGCGGAGAGCGCCAACGAAGCGAUGGUGCCCGCUGCAGAUGGCGCCGUCUCGCCUGAUGCCGUCAGUGCCACCUCGCAGAGCAUCGACGAGCCCACCAAAGACAUGGUGUCGGUUCUGGUUCUGAAGGUGAACUCGGUGUGCGGUUCUCUGGACGUGCGGGGUGAGAACACGGCGGUGGCUCUGGAGGUCGGGCAGGUGCGGCCCAAUCAGCUGGGCAACGUCAGCCUGAGGCAGUACCUCAGCAACCGCAGCCUCGGCUCCGGUUCCGAGUCCAACGCCGGGCGGGGUCGCUCGCGGCCGGAGGUGCAGGUGCGUCUGGAGUCGGGUCCGAGCGCCGCCGCCCACUCGCCGCUGUCGGAGCACAACGGCUUCCUGCAGUGCCGUCUGAGCGCGCUCAGUGCCGACCUGCUCAUGUCCACGCUGCAGAACCUGGGCCACUUCGUGGAGGACAGCUCCGAGUCCCAGGUGCUGCCCAUGGAGAUCAGCGUCAGGGACGUCCACGUCAACCUCAAGGAUGAUGGUCCCCGUGAGAACACGUCAGACCCUGAGCCGACGCCCAUCGCUCUGCACGUUGACAACCUGCUCAUCCACCGUAAAGAUGAUGGCUCCUUCAGCAUGGGACUGGAUCGUACUGCAGAGAAAGCUCCUCCGAAAACAGCCCCUUUGAUUGACAGCAAGCUAAGCUCUGUCCCUGAGCUUCCUGUGGGCGUGCCCAGUGAACAGAAAGCCACUCAGACCAAUCCCAUGUCUCCUACCACCUACACCCCUUCCAAUACAGAAAAGAUGCUAAUUGACGAAAACGAGUGCUUGAAACUGGAGCUCUCCAGAGCCAAGAUGGCGUUGGCAGAGGCCCAGAUGGAGAAGGACUCCUUGCUGCACCACAUGAAGAACCUGAAACUAGCGUCAGGAGGAGGCACCAGCUAGUGACUGUGCUGAGGUCGGGGACGGGUUUCGGGGUGCGGAUGGCAAACGCUUGUGUGGGUGCCGACCAGCACCGGCGACCCGGGGCAGUGGGGGAUGGGGGAAAUCAGCACGCGCGCACGCGAGAGAACCGGUUCCAACCAUCGGGCCCCGAGACGGAACUUUCAGGCCGGUUCCGUCUGUUGCGGUCCCUGGUCUACACUCUGAGCCAGACUGUUCCGCGCGUCUGCUGGGUUGGUUGUGUGUGUUUCACCCCAGAAGAACCAGAGGUGGAGAUGGUUGGUGCUGCACUGUCCUCGCUGGCCCUGCACUCUUCCAGGGGAGAGUCGUCUGGUGCCCCCCCCCCCCCCCCCCCCAAUCGGUCCCCACAAGCCGUACUUAAUUCGGACACUUGAUUUUGUUCUGGGGUUUUUUUUUUUUUUUCAGUAGUAGUAUUUGCAGUUUGUGAGCGUUUAAUUCUCCUGCUGUACAGUAGGGGGAAGGGGGACGGGGGGGGGGAUUGUCAUCCGCUGCUGUUGCUGCCUCAUGACGGUGGAUUUGAGAAGAGACACAUGUGUGCCAGGGCACAAGUCACACAUACACACUUUCAUGCACACACACACACACACACACACACACACACACACACACACACACACACAUAGACACGCAUACAGACACAUACACACGCACGCAUACGCACAUUACGUAGACACAUACACAUGCAUACACACAUUACGUAGACCCAUCCUCACACAGGUACACACACACACACACACACACACACACACACACACACACUGACUCGCACAUAUGCACGACACGUAUCCACACACACAUCUCUCGGCAGGGGCUGUCGUGCCGCUCCUGGCUCCUGGGAGGAGCACAUUCCACCCUUGUCGCCCCCACGGCCUCGUGUAGAACGGAGGCCGCAGGGGGGGUCAGAGGGGUGACGCUGAAUGUCAUACCCACAGAGGAAUGUCUUAAGCAAGCAAGCAAACAAAAACAACAACAACAACAACAACAAAACAGACUUUCUUUGCACUGCACUAAAACAAUGUAUCAUGUACUUAGUUCUUUACAGAAAAAAAGAAAAGUGUUUUAGCUCUUAACAAAUUGUCCUUCUAUGUGUGUGUGUUUGUGUGUGUGUGUGUGUGUGUGUGUGUGUGUGUGUGGUAGAUUAUCAGUGCACUGCAGAUGUGCAGGAAUGUUGCUUUGAUUUGUUUUGUUCUGUUUUUUUUGUCUGUACAGAGUUUUUGUGUGUAUGUAUGUGUGUGAGAGGGUGAGUGGCUGAGUGUGUGUGUGUGUGUGUGUGUUCCCCUCCAUGUUGCUCUAGCAGACAUUUCAUUAGACUGAUUCAAGACAGAAGGAGGAUUUCAUUUCACAGUUCCAAUAGAUGUUUGGUUCAUGAACCAGGGAGUUCCCUCGGACGUCAGGGGCCUGCUCUGGCUUUGACUGGCUAUUUUUCUACCUGUGAAUACUUUAGACACACAAUAGGCACAACUACAGGAGGAGACUCACUGUAAAUAUGAACCAUGCUGAUCGGCAGACAGCCCACCAAUGAGACUCCACCGACACCAGGAAUGGGCACUCGUGCCGUCCAAUAGAAAAAUGAGAGCCAGUUGUACAACGACAUCAGAUGGCCAGUGUCAGAUUCUGUGUCUGCAGCAAGUAGAUCCGGUUUUUGCUGCACGCGUUUACUUUCAUGGACUAUAGGUCAGGGCUGAUUCACAUCACAUUUAGCUGAGUCAUGCUAUCUUAUCUUUGCACAUGAAAUGACAGGAGGGGACAUUAGCCUCGACGUAUGAAAACGCCGACUUGACAUGGCAGAAUUCCUCAGCACGGAGAGAUAAUUCCUGUGUCAGAGUCUUGUCUACAGGAAUUUCUGUGGCUCUGUUGAAGAGUAAAAAAGAGUGUUUCUGGGACACUAUACCUGCUGUGCAGCUUUCUGCUUAACACCUGGACGGGUCAUGCCCAAGCACAUGCAAUAGCUCCUUCAUCUUCACACAUCGCAUCAUCAUCAUCCUCAGUUCUCUGCAUUCAUAGGAAGGACCCCAUAGACCCCUAUGGACCCAUUCUACCAUCAAUUGGUACCAAAGAGGCCCGCUCUGCAGCAGCUUAACCAAGUGCCUGGUGCUGCCUGGUCUGUCUCAUCCCCCUCUAUGCUCUCAGAAGAAUGGUGCUAUCUGAAACCUCCGCGGGUGGUUUUCAGCUCGCGCUCAGAGGAGAACCCUUCAAGAAGAUUCCACCGAGAACCUUUGGAGAGGAUUCUGUCGAGAAUUCUUCAAGAGGAUUCUACUGAGAAGGAUUCUAAUUCAGAAUUCCUCCAGAAGAUUCUGCCGUGAAACUCCGGAGAGGAUUCUACUCUUGAGUUCUACAAGAAGACGCUACUGAGAAUCCUUCAUGAAUAUUCCAUUUCUGAGCCCUCCGAGGUGCUAUCUUCAGCCCCAGGGGCUUCACCCCCCACUAAAGGGAUCCAUUUUGUUUUCCUCUACAAAUUCACCAGCCCUGACCAAUUCAUCCCAGUUUCCACUCUGCCCUAAUGAAUGUGUUCACCUCUCCUCAGUUCCACCCUUCUUCCAGCCCCUACACCCCCUUGGUCAGCUUGGCUCAUCUGUUACGUGCUGUCCAACUGAACCAAUGGAUAGUAAGAUGGUGAUGAUUGUGCAUAACAUUCAAUGCAACUAUACGAGCUUCUUAAACCUUUAGUUAUUAAGUUGUCACAAGCCAUGUUAGAGGCUCUGUUGACGUGUCAAGACAGCCUUUGUGUGAUGAUCAUAGCCUUAUUCUAGAAUAUUCUGUCCUGUGGAUACGCUAGCAGUUUGUCCCUGCCGUGAUACCGUAGUUGCAUUGAAUGUACAGUUGGGUAGGGGGAAAAGACAUGAUUGUAUGAAGGACUGAAUAGAGGCUGCCUUUUUCCUCCUCUGCCCCCCUGUAUCUCGAGCGAUCCUGUAUCUUUGCCCCUGUUGUCGGCAUCAGCACAGCGCAGUCCUGGGUUGCCUUGAACCACGUGAGACGGAAGAGGAGAACGGGAGUACAUGCGGCGGUGUUUCUUUGAGCACUUCCACCAAUCACCAGGGGGAUGGUCAGAGAAAUGUUGUGUUGUUAUUUGCAGCGAUGUGUCGGCUGAUGACACAUUAUAUAGCACACAGUGAUAGAGACCUGUUAGAUUUACAGUCUUUGUCUGGGCCGGAUGACAAGUUAUCCCUAAACUUGUGAUAUAAUGUAAUGUAUGUCUGUUAAAGCUGCUGAAUCCAUGAGAAGAAGAAAAAAAAACAUCAACAAUAAAACAAAGAAAUGGUACAUUAA